AAAUCACUUGCUAAUCAUAACAGAAUCAUCAUUUCACCAAAACCAGAUCAAGAACCAUUCCAAUUCUCUAAAACCCUCAAGAACUCUCCAAAACCAAAAUCCACAAAUCUUCACCAAUCUUUGAUCAAAUUGCAAAAUUAUUGUUGCAUUGAUCUUGUAAUAGCCUACACUCCAUCUGUUUCUAGGUUUCUUCACCAAUUAAGCCUCGAAUCACCACUGUCCAAGCAAGCAUCUCCAAUGGAAAAUCGGGAAUUCGCAUGCUAGAAGUGGAAUCAAUUGAACCUGAACCUGGAAUUCAACUCAUUGAAGCUUGUUUCACAUCUGUUUUGGACUUAAACGCGUGAAGAACACCGAUUGCAGCACUGCCAUUGCCGGUACUUUAGUUGCUCAGUUCCUUGUGAACUAUUGCUUUGCUUUGCUUUGCUUAAGCAACUUGCAUAGAGGGACCCUUUGGAUCGAGAUCUUGGCUGAGAGACUUUCUAUUCAGAGAUGAGAAGACCCGGCUUGAAGGAUGAUGUUGCUUACAGUUUCUUUGACCCGGAUAUCAGUGUGCUGAAGGAUAUGAUAGCGUUGAUCACUCCUGACCAUGUGGGGUUGUUUCGUGAGGUGUAUGGGGGUAUUCUGAAGACAGUUUUCAGGCUCAUGGAUAGAGACAGGAGUGCCAUCCAUACUCUACUUCAGUUUUACGAUCCUGAGCUGAGGUGUUUCGUCUUCCCAGAUUACGUGCUAGGGCCGAUGUUGGAAGAUUAUGCUGAUAUUUUGAAUAUCCAGAUCAGGGAUCAGGUUCCUUUCCGUGUUACUAAGGAAGAACCUGAUAUUGGUGGGAUUUCUCGUGCCUUCUAUCUGAGUCCAGAGGUUGUGAAGGGUAAUCUGAAGGAGAAGGGUAAGUUGCCUGGUUUUCAUCUGAGUUUCCUAGAGGCUAAGGCUAAAGAGCAGUCAGAAUUGGGGAAUUGGGAAGCUGUCUGUGCUCUGGUUGCGGCGAGCAUUUAUGGGAUCAUUCUGUUUCCGAACCAGAAGAACUUUGUGGAUAUCAAUGCCAUCCGCUUGUUUAUUCGAAGGAAUCCUAUCCCUACAUUGAUUGGAGAUGUCUAUUAUUCGGUUCAUAACCGGAAUGAGAAGAGGCGUGGGGGUCUGAUUCGAUGCUGUGCGCAGUUAUUGGUCAAGUGGUUUAUGGGUUACUUGCCAUCCAAGGGUGCUUUUGUUCUUCUGGGUCAGAAUGUUAAUUGGGCGACCAAACUGAUGGGUUUGAGGGCUAAGGACAUAGAUUGGACUCACAGCAGCGGGGUUGGCCAAGAUUUUAUUUGCAGUUGCAGGGGUUUUCCCAAUGUGCCACUUAUAGGGGUGCAGGGUUGCAUUAAUUAUAACCCGACACUUCUUAAGAGGCAGAUGGGAUUCGCUAUGGAGCUUCCACCAUACAAGAGUGAUGUUCAGGAAUCUGUGUACUUCCCGGUUGAGGGUAAUCAGGAUAGGGUGAAGCAGAUAUCCGAUGCAUGGCGCAGUAUUCAAAGGAAAGGCAAGGCUUCUUGGGGUAGGGCUAACAACAGAUCUUUUCCCUCAUUCGAUGAUUGGCUCAGAAAGAGAGUGGAACUUACUUGUCUACCGUUUCCUAUGGUCGAUCCGUGGUAUCCGUUGGUUGAGGAGACUCCUUCUACUGUCAGUAUGGAUGAGUUCUUAGAGAUGAAGCGGGAACGAGAUCAGCUGCUUGCAGAGAAGACGGAAUUGGAGAUGAAUGUUGCUCGGGUUCAGAGAGCCAAUCAGGAGCUCAAAGCAAAGAUGGAAGAUCAAGACAAGCGGCAUGCCCUGAAUGCAAAGCGCUUCGAGAUGGAUACCGCCUACUAUGGGAAGGUUAGUCAGGCUUUGGCAUCUUCGGCAAAGGAGCAUGAUAUCACUAAGGAGAACCUGUUCAGAGCAUCAAAGGUGAUAGAAGAUGAGAAGAGGAGGCAAAUCCUAGUCAGGGAUCAGAGGGAUGAGAGAGCCAGAGUCCUCGCUGCAGAGUGGGAGGCGGAGAAAGCAAAGAUCAGGGCCGAGAGAGAUCAUUAAUGGCAGAGAGAGACCACUACUUCAGACAGAUGAAGAUUCAUCAGAAGGAAGUUGGAAGACUACAGCAGGAGAACAUAGAGCUCAGGUUCGCCGCAGAGUUCGCAAGGAUGGAAGGCGAGAUAGGGCCAUCUGCGGGACCCUCAUCCAGUUAGAUCUUUCUUUUGUUGUGAAUUACCGUCAGGCUUGUUGACGGAAUUCACUUGUCUGUAUUUCUUUCCUAUUCUGGAGGAUUGUAUCUGACCUUAUCGGGUUGAUGUAUGACUAUUGCACUGAUUGUGCACUUUUGCUAUGUGAUGGUGAUUUUUCAUUCAA